GAAAGAGAAGAAGAAGAAGAAGAAGAAGAAGAGGGAAAGAAAAUGAGGUGGAUGGCAGGAUGCUUGGGUCAGUGUAAGGAGGUGGACAAUGCUGCGAGGGCACGGCAGGUCCCAAUGUCCCCUUCUGAUUUUCUCGACAAACUGAUGGGCAGGACAUCUGGGUACGAUGCCAGGAUAAGACCAAACUUUAAAGGUCCUCCAGUCAACGUCUCCUGUAACAUUUUCAUCAACAGCUUCGGCUCCAUUGCUGAAACCACCAUGGACUACCGUGUGAAUAUCUUCCUCCGUCAGCAGUGGAAUGACCCCAGGCUCGCCUACGCUGAAUACCCAGAUGACUCUCUGGACUUGGACCCCUCUAUGUUGGACUCCAUAUGGAAACCUGACCUGUUCUUUGCCAAUGAGAAGGGGGCCCACUUUCAUGAAGUCACUACAGAUAACAAGCUGCUCAGGAUAUUUAAGAACGGGAAUGUUUUGUACUCUAUAAGACUAACAUUAACUCUGUCAUGCCCCAUGGAUCUAAAGAACUUCCCCAUGGAUGUUCAGACCUGUAUCAUGCAGCUGGAGAGCUUUGGUUACACCAUGAACGACCUGAUAUUUGAGUGGCAGGAGAACGGACCAGUCCAAGUGGCCGAGGGCCUCACGCUCCCACAGUUCAUCCUCAAAGAUGAAUCAGACCUCAGAUACUGCACAAAGCACUACAACACAGGUAAAUUUACUUGCAUCGAAGUGCGGUUCCACCUGGAGCGUCAGAUGGGCUACUACCUGAUCCAGAUGUACAUCCCCUCUCUGCUCAUCGUCAUUCUGUCCUGGGUCUCCUUCUGGAUCAACAUGGACGCUGCCCCAGCCAGAGUGGCACUGGGCAUCACCACCGUCCUCACAAUGACAACACAGAGUUCAGGCUCCAGGACGUCACUGCCAAAGGUCUCUUAUGUGAAGGCUAUAGACAUCUGGAUGGCAGUGUGUCUUCUCUUCGUCUUCUCUGCGCUGUUGGAGUACGCUGCCGUCAACUUUGUGUCGAGGCAACAUAAAGAGCUGCUGCGAUUCAGGCGGCAUCACAAAAGCAAGAGCAAGAACAGUGGAGGUGCAGUUGAUCCAGAGGAGCUAGCUGCCUCCCUCCGUCGUGUUAAUGUUGACAACGGCCUCAAACCAACAGACCCUCCUUAUGGAUCUAUGAGCAACAUCUACACCAGCAACCACAGGGAAGGGGAAGCACAUGAGAGCAGACUGACCUCCACAGCUGCGGUGACCUCCACUCCCAGCAACAGCAAGGACAUGAAGGCCAGCACCAACAAUACUGUUACUGUUGUGAACACACCAGGAGCCACAGCAAACACGGCCCAGAAUCCACCUGGAGCAGCGGCAGGUGGAGGGGGUAAAACCACCGAAGAGAUGAGGAAGUUAUUUAUCGACAGAGCCAAAAAGAUUGACACUGUGUCGAGGGCCGGCUUCCCUCUGGCCUUCCUCUUCUUCAAUAUAUUCUACUGGGUUCUUUAUAAGAUACUCCGACAUGAAGAUGUACAUAAGCAAUAGAGAGAGGAGGAGUAUGUGCACACACACACACACACACACACACACACACAUACACAUCACUUCAUUAUCUACCUUAUUUCCUUUUCCUGUAACCAUGACCUUACCCUGACCUUAAGAAGCAUUCAGGAUGGCCUCACCUCUUCAGAGAUGUCCUGACUCUGAAGGCGUAAAGCUCAUAUCAGUUGUCACAAACAAUGUACAAAAACAGGAUCAAGAAUUAGUAAAUCAAAGAGUGCAAACUCUGCAGUGGCAGAGUGAUGAGAUUAUUUUUCCUCUGUAGAUUUACAGCAGGGUGCUCUCUAAGAGAUACUGACUGUGGGGAAUAUCUGAAUCUCACAACGUCUGAAAGCAGAGUUGAUUAUUUACACAUAUUGACAGUGUCUGAAUUCAGUACUCAUUCAUAAACAUAUUCUGCCAACACGUUUUCACUCCCAACUCAUCACAUACUGACGCUUGGUCAGUGGCCGUACACAUUGCGUCGAUAUUGCUCAUUACAUGCUCUGUCUUUUUAAAAAUACACCUCUGUUUUCACAGGAAAUGUACAGUUUCUGUUCAAUAAGAAAUGCAUAUAGUCUCUUUCCAAAAUAAACUUGCAGCAUAGGUUCACUUCCUCAGGUUUAGGCAACAUGCCUUCCGGUUUGGCUUUAAAUAAGUAUGUUUGUUACCAACAUAACUUUGAAAGCCUUUGUUGAUAUUGCAUAGGAAUACAACAAAUUUAGUUGUGACACUCAAGUGAUGCGUUCCAACAAAGAACAUAAAAAUCCAAGAAACAGUGCAUUGAGUGAGGAUAAAAUGUGCAAUAAAUAAAUAAAUAUAAAAGUAUUUAAAGUGCAGCAAAGUGCUUAGUGGAUGGCAGAAUGGCAAUAGUAAACAUAUUAGGUUUUUGUUUUAUUUAGUGUGCUGAUGGCUGUGGGAAAGAAGCUGUCUCUGAGUCUGGUGGUUCAUGUUUUGGCAGCUCUGUAACAUCUGUCACAUGGCAACAGUUUAAAGAGUUAAUGACCAGGGUGACGUGGCAAGUUCUUCAGUUACGCAACUACAUACCAGCACGCUAAGCUACAAUGUUAUCAAAAUAACUUGGUUGACUUUUAGUUUUACAUGAACAGCUGUCUCCCAGGUGAAAGUUUAUUGUAUGUUUGACCCAUCCAACUUCCCCAUACAGAUCUCCUUGCUCUAAUACUACAGCAGUUGCUCAGAGAGUACAAAAUGACGCUGUUUGGUGCAUCUUAUACUGCCACAAAAGGUGCCUCAGUGUGCCGGUAUCUGCCACCAAGGGCCAUUGACCACGCAUUGGUAUAUGACAGGUCGGGAGUGAGACCAGGUCGAUCUAAUAUAUGGAUAUGUGCUAUACUCAUGAAGCCAGUAUAAAUGAACAAAUAAUCAGCAUGAGUCUGCUGAGACAUGGAAUUAUUUGAAAAUCUGUGUCGAUGAGAUGAUGGAGGGAAAACAAGUUAAGGAAAUGUGACAGUGUGAUGCAAACAGGGAGUUUUAAACCAGAAUUAUGACACCCAAAAAAUGUGGUCACUUUCGCACAAACUCGUUUUAUAACAGACUGAUAACAACAGAGGCAACAACAGAGAGAAUCAUAGCAGCCCAGUGGAACUGCUUCAGUUGAAGUGUUGGUGUCUGAUGAGACAUAUUCAGUUGAAAUAUCUGGUCUGUUAAGGAUGAAGUGGAGAUCUUAAUCACCUUUUCCUGUGGCUUAGCAGGGUGGAGAGUUGUUACAUUUGAUUAGACUGAGUGCUUCAAGAAGAUAAACAUGCUACAGCCAUGGCAAACAGUGUAGAGGGGAAAGCUGGACCGGAUAAAUAUCAUUCUAAAUUUAACUUGUAAUCCUUCAAGUUAACAAUUAUUGAUAUAUUCUCAUCUGAGGGACAUUUCUGAGUCAUGACAGGUUCUGUAUGUGACAUUAAAAGAAUUGAUAUAGCAGUCAACCAUGGUUAGCUAUAUGGUGUAAUAGCAUCCGGAACAGAGAAUGAAGUGAGGCUGGCUCUGUGUGUGUUGUAAUCCAAGCUUAUCUGUGGUGUGGUUGCACUGCACUCAUACAGCAGUUACCACUGAUAUUGCAACCCAGCCUCACUCCGAAGUCUUCAAAAUCUGGCGCUUGGGCAGUGACUUGUGGUGUCAGACACAGACAAAACAAGCUGUCCUUUAAUGUCGGCGUGAUGCGCAGCCGGUCAUCAUUAUACUGACCAGCGACGUCAGGGGAAAUGUGGUGGCGCAAGAAUGAAAGUUAAAGCAGCAAAAAUCCAUAUGGGGCAGGCAGGACUUGUAGUGGAUGGGUCCAACAAAAGCUGACUUUCGAGAGCAGAGAGCGGUGUUCACAUACCGUAAGAUUCUAAAGCCAAACCCUGUUCCUUUGCCUAUAGCCAACCACGUGUGAUUGUUGUUGAAGGAAAUAAAGCAUCAAUUUGAG